AUGAGCGACGAAGCAACGUUUUUCGAAAUAACUGUUGCCAUUGCCGUUGUCGUGUUUCUUAUUGGAGUGGUGCUGCUGGGGUUGGGGUUACUGGUGCGUUGGAUUAUAGACAGUAUUAGACGAUUAGUAAUGACCGUCGUAGGCUUCAUCAACGGUCAGAACGUCAAAGACGAGAUCCAAUGCAGCGUUUGUCUCUCCGAGCUCGCUGACGGAGGCAAAACUAGGGUUUUGCCGACUUGUAAUCACUCAUUUCAUGACGAUUGCAUCGAACGGUGGUUUAAGUUUCAUUCCAUGUGUCCUAUCUGUAGAAAGAUUGUUAGCUUCGAACGUGCUGGGUUUUCAUCUUGA